ACUUCCUCGCCCGCCUGCCCGCCUGCCUGCCUGCUUGCCGGAGCAGCGCGCGUCAGCAACACGCUCUUCGCCCGCCUCGCCAGUGUGGGAAUGUGGCGGCGAUCGCCUCGAGGAGCCCAAAGCUCGGGACUCUGACGGGCACAUGCUUGGCGCCGCCGGCUCCCUUCCGCUUCUCCCGCCUCGCCCGGGAGCUGCGAAGAAGGAACCGCGGGCAUGAAGGAGAAAGAGGCGACGGCGGGCUCGGGGGCAGCACCACCACCACCACCACCAUCACCAACAGCCGCGUUAAGAGCGGCGGCAAGACACCGCGUUGCCCGCUCUGGUCGAGCGUGUUGAGGCGUUCCAGAAGGGACACUUGCUGAUUCUAGAUCUUGAAAGCCACUGAUGUGAAUUCAUUGGUGUCACCAUGACUGAAGCCCUCAUUUCGGUUGUCCUGAAUUUGACUGAAACCCACGCACUGGCUAACAAUGUGACCAGCAAUGCCACUAACAAGUGUUCCUUGACCAAAACCGGUUUUCAGUUCUAUUACUUGCCAGCAGUCUACAUCGUAGUCUUCAUCACUGGAUUCCUAGGCAACAGCGUGGCCAUCUGGAUGUUUGUCUUCCACAUGAGGCCAUGGAGUGGCAUCUCAGUUUACAUGUUCAACUUGGCCCUAGCAGACUUCUUGUACGUCCUGACCCUCCCUGCCCUAAUAUUCUACUACUUCAAUCAAACGGACUGGAUCUUUGGAGACUUCAUGUGCAAGCUGCAGAGAUUUAUCUUUCAUGUCAAUCUGUAUGGAAGCAUCUUAUUCCUCACAUGCAUCAGUGUGCACAGAUACACUGGUGUGGUGCAUCCUUUGAAAUCACUGGGGAGACUGAAAAAAAAGAAUGCUGUUUACAUCAGCGCCCUGGUCUGGUUUAUCGUGGUGGUAGGAAUCUCUCCCAUCUUCUUUUUCUCUGGGACUGAAGUAAGGAAAGUCAAAACCAUGGCGUGCUAUGACACAACAGUAGACAAUUACCUGCGUAGCUACUUUAUUUACAGCAUGUGCACCACUGUCUUCUUGUUUUGCAUCCCGUUUAUUCUGAUCCUCGGUUGCUAUGGAUUAAUCGUGAAAGCACUGAUUUACAAAGAUUUAGACAAUUCCCCGCUUAGGAGGAAAUCAAUUUACUUGGUUAUUAUAGUGUUGGCAGUAUUUGCUGUGUCUUAUCUUCCUUUCCACGUGAUGAAAAACUUGAAUCUACGCGCCCGGCUGGAUUUUCAGACUCCGGAAAUGUGUGCGUUUAACAACAGGGUUUAUGCUACCUACCAAGUAACUCGAGGGUUAGCGAGUCUCAACAGCUGCGUGGAUCCUAUUUUAUAUUUUUUGGCUGGAGACACUUUUCGGAGAAAGCUCUCCAGGGCAACUCGGAAAGCCUCAAGAAGGAGUGAGCUCAAUGUGCAAUCCAAAAGUGAGGAUAUGACUCUGAGUAUUUUAUCUGAGUGCAAACAAAACGGAGACACAAGCUUAUGAAUGGUUCCUUGCCUCUUCCUUUCCCUGCUUUUUUCUUCUUCGCAAACACUCUCUAUCCUUUGCCAUCCUAACUUUUAAUUCUUACAAUACUGAUUUUGUGCAUUAAAAAAAGCCCAAACCAUAACCAGUGAAGAACAUGUGUGCAUAUGUUUGUGUGUGUGUAUGUGUGUUAAACUAUCUUCUAGUUGCCUAAAAGACUUUGAGGAAACUAAGUGAAUUUUAAAUACUUUUAAAGGAAAAAAUGAGAAAAGUGUCUAAAAUAUUAAUUUAAUGGAUACCAUGGUGGCAUGUACAAUUUGAAGAGAGAAGGGAUUAGGAGCCUCUUUCCCUAUAUACAACCACAUCCUUGACUUAAAAAACCUGAGAAAUCAAAUAGUUGUGUAAGAUCCAACUCUACUCUUCUAUCUCCAAAUCUCUUCCUUGUUCAUUGCUGUGGUUAUAGGAAGAGAAGGAUGAUCUAUGACUGCCAGCCCCAUUAUGGGCUAAUGCAAAAUCCUCAAGAAUAUUAUAGCUCAUUACAUUCAUUUAAAAGAACAAAAGCCCUUCCAGGAAUGCCAAGCAGUUGGCCAUACUUUGCUCAGUUAAUCAAUAAGAAAUAAGUCUGUUCUUACUUCUUUAUUUUAUUAUAGUUGAUUUUGGUUUCAUAAUUAACUCAAUGCAUAUUAGCCAGUUUGAAUUUAUUACUUUUUAUAUUGAUUUGGGGUACUUUCCCAGUGUGCUUGUAAGGUCCUUUAUUGUAGCAAUUUUGGAUAGAGAAUUAAAUUUCUGUGCACUUUAUCAUUUUGGAUUCUUACUGAGAAUCCAUUAUCAUUUAUUUUGUGAUUUGUUCUAGCUGACCUAUCAAAGCAGAUAAUGUUCCCUCCCAAGUCUAGAUCAAUGUAGAAAGUAGAACUUUAUAGCACUUUGGAUUUGAUUCCAAGAAGGUAUUUCAAAACAAGCUCCCACAAAUGAGCUGACUACUUUUAAGACUUGCAAUUUGGAGCUACGGUUGGGUUCUGCACACUCAAAACACCUUUAUGGAACUGAACCUGAAUCAUUGCAUGGUCCUAUCAAAUAGUCAUUCCCAAUCUGGUGUCUUUAGGCAGCUACCCCAAGAAUGGUUACCUAAUACAUCUGGAAGCCUCCAUAAUAGCACAGGUUGAUGUGAAUGUAAAUAGUAUAUAAUAUACGAUAAUAGAGUAUCAUUCACUUACCCACUAAUCACAUACAGGGUUCAGGAUUUAGCAUAUGCUGGGUUGACAGUUGACAGUGAGUUGACAGUUCUGCCUAUAUAGCUAUGAUGGCAAACCAAUGGCACACAUGCCAGAGGUAGCACGCAGAGCCCUCUCUGUGGGCACACAUGUGGUCGCCAGCUGCUCUUCCAGGUUCUUCAUGCAAAGAUCAGCUGGCUGGCACCCAUGUGUGCGAUAGAACCCAGAAAAGAGCAGCUGGCCAGUGUGCAUGUGCAUAACUGAACCUGGAAGAGCAGCUGGCCACUGCGUGCAUGCGUACCGGACAGCUGCUCUUUUCGGGUUUCGGUGCUCCUGCGUCCAUGUACAUGCGCGCUCCAGUUUCGGCACUCAGUGCCGAAAAGGUUAGCCAUCACUGCUAUAUAAAAUGAAAUCUAAAUUCUUUGCUUUUGGUUGAUAAUACCAAUAAUAAUACUGAUAUGGCUAGGACUGGGGCAAUCCGGUUGAGCUCUUGAUACGCCUUUCCCACACGCCUUGAUAUUGAUUUGCUGGUGGAAAUGUUCAUAUGAAUAUAAAUCCUGUUAGCAACACAAAAAUUGGACAUAACUACUUUUCUGUUGUUUAGCCCACUGUGUGUGUUAUUUUCAGAAGACAUGUCCUCAAAGCCUUUAAAAAUCUCUCACCGUAGCAAAUAUAGCAUAUCUCCUCCACUUAAGAGACGCAAUUCCUAUUCGGCAAUUUAGAUCAUUGCCUAAUUUUGGAGUUGGUCUCAGUUUUUCACUGGAUAAAAUAAUGAAGCUUAUCUAACAGGCUAUAUUUUUGACAGGAUAAAGACAGGCAUUUGAUUUAUUUUUAGGUUUAAUUUGCUCUUGUUAAUCUAAAGCACUUUGCAUGACAACAGCUGUUUUUCAGGCAAAUUGUUUACUUCUCUAGUAUAUGCUUUAGGUUUUUUUUCCCCUCUCCCCAGAACAAGCAAAAACUGCCAUUGCUUUUGAUUACUGGAAAAAAACAACAACAUGCACAUCAUUUAAAUUUAUACAAGGUUUCACAUUUGAGGAAUUUAGGAAUUAAUGCAGUGAGUGGGAGAAAAGGUUUGUUUAUUUGAAAAUGGGAAAACCAGUUCAGGUAGGCUGCGUACAUGGCUCUGCCCCAUCUGAUUUAGAUCUAUAAAGAGGAUUUUCACGCUUUUCCAACCAAUGCAUGAAAAGUGAUAGGGCAACAAGGCAGCGUGUCAGCUGAAGAAUUCUGGGAGUUGAGGUCCACACAUCUCUGUUGCUGAGGUUGAAAACACUGGGUUAAAUGCUUGAAUAGGGUUCUUCCAUAUCGUCAUAUGUGAAUGUGUUUGAAUUAGUUCUUAAUCAGCCCUUCAUUUCCAAUUUAUGUGGGUUUUAAAUGCUUAAGGACAUGCUUGAAUUUGUUUAUGUUCAAUUUUUUAACCAUUUAACAACAUGGAUUUUAAAAUAAAUAGGAUGUUAAUCUCUAUAUGAGCUGUCAAUAUCUAAUGCACACUUUGACGGAUCCAUUUUAGUGGUAGUAUCUAAUUACUGGAAAUCAUUAUUGUGGGAGUUCCACUGACUAUCUUUUUCAUUAGUUUCAAGUUGAUAGGUGAAGAUCUUUGUGUUUACAUAGUUUUUUUUUUUUAAUGUAACCUUUCAGUCCACAUAGUUUUCAACCCAUAUAUAUCUGCAGUUAGUUUUCAUUCCAUUAUGUUGGCUGCUGCUUUUUAACUUGUUCAUCUUUUCAGCCUGCUUGUUGUUUUCUUACAUUUUUGCGAUGUGCUCAAUUAAGAUUUAUAAAACUGGGUUACCAGACUUGGACUGCAAAGCUCUGGACAUGCACGAGAUAACAAAAAAUAGACCCAUAAAACAAUUUCUUUGCUACAAUCUAGUGGUUGUCCAGAUGUUUGCUGUUAUAAAUACAGCAUUUAAUUAAUUUUUAUCCUCUUCAAGAAAAGAUUCAUUCUUACCAAGGUGUCAUGUAUAUAUCAGAUAGGGCAGAGUAUAAUUGUGGAAAAGAAGAAUAUAAAGGAAAAGCCAUAUAAACUAGGUCAAGAGCAACAUAUUAUGUUGCAUUUACAUUUAACAAGCACAUCCUUAAAAUGGGAACUUGAAAAACAAACAAUUUUAACCAGCUAUAUUUACAUAUAUUAAUAUUCUAAAAUAUAUCUGAAAAACAUUUGCUCUAGGAACCAAUGCUUUAAAUUGGUUUAUUUAUAAUUUUUUUGUGUACCAAAUGAACAAGCUGUAUAAUCCUGUAAAUGGUUUUAGCAAGUCCUGACAGAAAUCCAUAAUUUACAAAGAAUUAUAAAGAAUCUAUUUUCAUCUUGCUUAUUCAUACUCAGUAGUUUGCAUAUGAGCAAGAAUUGCUCUAAAAGUCUCUUGGCAAAGCUUCAAAACAUCUCAAAGAUAAAUGAAAUUCUACAGAAUCUGCAAAAUCUAUUUAUUUUACAUAUUAACAGGAGAAAGAAAUAUGUUGUGUUAUGGAUUUCAGAAUGCUUCUUGUUUCUCCAUUAAAAACUGAAUUGGGUAUUUAUGAGCUAAGGCAUUUUUCUCCAACUUAGUGCUAAAAUAAGUUUCUCCAUCAAGCCAAGGCAACAUGGCUAUUGGCUAUCUUGUUCAAGGAAGAUGGGUUGAGUGGGAAAUAGAGGCCACUACACCUGAAAGCAUCAGAUCGGAAGAAAGUUAAUUUCUAUAUAACGGCAUGUAAUUUUAGGGUAUAAUCCUGUGAUUUAUUACUUGAAAGUAAACCCCAAUGAAACUUACAUCUGAAUCAAAAUUCCACUUAAAAACAAUUUUAAAUCUAUUCUAUAAAGAUUGAACUAUAUAAAAUGCAGUUGCUUAAGGCCACAAUUCAUACAUUGUUGCAUAUGCAAGUCAAACUAUUUCUUAACAAGCCAAUUCAAAUGAAUUGAAAAGUCAAUACAUUUGGAAUAAAUAAAUGACAUUUUUAAAUGUCUUUUUGUGAUUAACCAGUUAUAUUAAAGCCUCUUUUGAGUAUCAGCAGGAAGUGAAAUAUCUUCUGCCAUCCCUGUGGCAUUGAGAACUGUGGUAUUUUUUAACUGAGACAUGCCUUGCUGAACAUAGCAAUUGAAUUAAGAACAGAAUUAUAGAAUGGGCUUUUCUAAAAUCUUUGAAUUUAUUUGCUCUUUACAAGUGCAUUUUAACUUUCACAUAUUAUAUUCCAUUUUUUUCUUAGUCUGGCUAUUUAAUAGAUGAACAUUCAGGAAGUUAAAAGUUUCCCAAGUCUAUUGUAACUUGCUAAGUUCUGGCAAAAUGUUUGGAAUUCUUCAGCAAGAUUGUUCAGAAUUCCUUUGUUUUCAUUUGUUCAUUAAAACUCAAUGUGGCAAUGAUGAUUCUCUUUUGGAGGUAGAUUUCAACCAUCUUUUGGAUUAGGUCUUAUAUGAGCCAGAAAGAUUGUUUAUAUACGAAAGAAUCAUUACAACCCAACAUUAAGGGGAAAAAAGUAGUUACAUUUUGAGUGACAGGACUGAACCUCUUAAAAACUGUCAAAAAAUAACAAAAAAGGAGUCAAGCAGAUUAUCUUAAUAUAAUAGGACAUUUCCUAAUUUCUGGGUGGUGUUGGUACGAAUCAAGAAUCACCACCUAGAGUUCAGAUGUAGCCUGCUGGCAUUUUUGUCAUAUGGGGAUUUCAGGAAAAUAUAAAUUAAGUUUAUUUAAUAGAUUUAAGAUUCAUUAAGAAGAUGACAUAAUUCAUUCCUCCAAGAAGAUUGGUAUAAUUGGAGAGAAUGCUUUUUGCUCAUGUUUUAAGAUCACUGCUCACCUCUGCCAAAUUAAAUUGGCUUCUAAAAUCUGACCUAAUUUCAGAAAGUUUCUCAUUGAAUGCAGUUAAAAAUAGGAAAAGAAUGAGGACAUACCUUUUGCCUUAGCUGUUAAUUGAAUACUCAAGACCUGCUUGAUGGUUUUUUGUUUUUUUUUUUACAGGGCCAGAUCUUGAUCCAUCUUUGGAAAGAAUGUGAUUCCAAGAUUACAAAGUAAAACAUGGCAAUGCUAAGUAGGAUCCUUACUUCAAACAAUUUUGUGGGAUUAGCAAAUCCCUGUAUGGAUGUAGUACUGAAUUAUAGAAGUAGAACAGGCUGUUUAGAUUCCUGAAAGCAAUUAUUAACGCUCAGUGCAGAAUCCAGAUUAUGGUAUCUGUGACAGAUGGCUAUUCAUUAAAGUUGUACCUGCUUAAAAAAAUGGUUUGGAUAAAGUACUUCAGGCAUUAUAUAAGUAGAGCUCUUCUCCAUUCAUUCAAUGAAGAAGUCCAGCAUUUCUUUAGGUUUCCACAUAAACCUGGAAAAUGCUGCUGCUACUUAAAAGCAUCUAAAUUCCUCAUCAAAGCUUAAGUAGCUUUUAAAGCAGCUGCAGUUGAUUGUAUUAUCAAGCCAGACUUCUUCAAACCUUCUUCUUCUCCUUCUCCUCCUCCUUCUUCUCCUUGUUGCACGACAGAGAACAGGACAAAAAUUCUCUGUGUUAUCAUUUUAGAUUUUGUUGCCAGUUUAUAUUCACCUUCAAAGCUAAAUGUAACAGGUUUCUUCUAGAACAAAGCUAAGAUCCCCACUGAUCUUUGUCCAUUUUAAUGCUAUCUGCAUGGCAUUUCCAUGUUUGAUCCAUAACUUAUUGAUUCUCUAGGGUCAUGCUUGCUUAAUACUAUUAUCAAUACUGCUAUAUUGCUUCUAGAAACAGGUAAUCAGGUGAUGAGAAUGGUCUUCACAUAACUUAUCAUUAAAUUAUACUUUUCAGUAAAUAUAAUAGAGAAAAGGCAUGUUUACAACGUGUAUGCAUCUCUGUGUAGUCAUAUAGAAAAAAGAGGGAUACUGCAGAUUUUUGCUUAUUUAAAAGCCUAUGUGGCAAUAGAGUGAGCAUAUGUGGCAAUUGAGGAUGGUGGUUAUAUAUGUUACACUCAGUUCUCUUGCUGGCUCCAUCAUUGAUUUCCAUGCUCAAGAUGGUUUCCUGAAAUACAAAAACAAUAACAAAAUUUAUGAAGAAGACUUCCUUAUGGAAGAAUCUUGGCUGAUGGUAUUUGUGGAACCAUUUGUGGUAUUUGAGUUCCAUUUGUGGAACUCUUUGGAGAACUAAUGGCUAUAAACACAUCACUUCUUAUUUGUUCACCAGAAGUGAAGGGACAGUCUAAUUGUACACUUGUCAAUGUUUCCAAUGACAUGGCUUUGUGUAUUUGUUAUGGCCAUAAAUUAGGUGUUAAAAGAAAUCAUUAAUUUAACCAGUUAGUUGCUAAGCAUUAAACCAAUGGCCACAAUCCUGGUUUCCCUUUGUGGUUCUAAUGGUAUGAGCAAUAAGGGUUGUGACAAAAUUUCAAAAUGGUACUUUAUUUCAACGAAUUCUUAUGUGAAAUAUUCUUCAAAUCCUGCUUUAACAAAUAAUGCAGGCCCCUCCCUUCUAACAUUGAAAUAAGCAGCUGAAUUGAUUUCCAUUAUGGUCUUUCCAGAUGUGCUGAUACCAGAAAAGACUUGUGUAUCGGGAGCACAUGAAUGGAAUGUUCUAGCAGCUUUUCUAGUCAGCUUCUGAAAUACUAGAUGAGUUUUAAGGCAACUCAUUGAAGAGAACUGUGUCAUCUCACCUGAGUUAACUGGACAUGAAAUAAGUGCAGAAUGUAAAAAUUAAGUUCACUUUCUUUAAUGAUCAAACCAGGCAAAUGUUAUGAUUUGGGUUCAGUUCUACUUUCAGAAUAGAAAGUAGAUGUUAGAUGUUAAGAAAACAAAAAGCAUAUUUUAGUGUGAAAGUAUCUAACAAUUUGUCAAGCCUCCCACCUAUACCACAUUCAUUUUUUCCAUUUUAGAUAUCAUUGCUUUAAAUUUGAAAUUUUUACUUUUUUUGUUCUUCUUCCCAUUUUUAAAGAUGCUUAUAGAUCAAGAAACAAAAUAGUCAAUUUUGUAUUAUCAAAGAUUGCAACUAGUAUUAGCUCUACCCAGUUAUGGCUCAAGGCCAGGAAUCUUUUGAGAGUUAUAAUUAAGAACAUUUCUUAAAAUUUAUAGGAACAUAUAAAAGGCAUUGGAUUUCCUGUCCCUUAAUGUAUAAAUAUACAUGUGUAUACAUGAAGUAAGGCAUUUUUGGAAUUUGCAGCCUUCUAUUUUCAUUAGGGCUACCAGUUCUUGGUGCAAAAAGUUAUUUGGGCUCCAAGAUUGCAACAGAGAUACAGAAACUAUAGCUAUUUGCUGUCAUCUAGCAGUCAAUCCCGUUUUUUACAAUUCAGAUAUGGUAGCCUUAUUUUUAUAAUGUGUUACUACAGCUUUGUUUUAAACUAGCUUUCAUGGCAUGAUGCACAUUAUUAGAUAAACACACACUACAUUUCCCCAUCUUUAUUAAAAUGCUCCAUCCUAUCCUAUGGCUUUUGGAAAGGAGUCUUCUAUUUCUUUAGAUCUGAGGGCCAUCUAAAAUGUAUUGAAGUUGUAACGGAACACUGUCUCUUCCCUAUGAUUUGGCGUUUAUCAUUAUCAGUGAUAUGGUUCAAUGGGAAAUCUCUUUAAUCUUAUUGUUCUUAAGUUGUUCACAUGCCAUUUAUUAUAAGAGGAAUUUGAUUUAAAGGCAAGGAUUACUAGGGAAAACAAUUUCAUAUGUAUGCUUAUACGAGAUAUAACUUAGUUCCAGAAGAGUAGGUAGAGGAAUUAUUAUGAAUUUUCACCAGGUUUAGCAUGUUGGAGAUGGGUUUAUUCUUUCCCCAUUAAGGUUGAUGUUUUGUGCUAGAUAUGUUGUGUUUUUGCUGCUUCCCCCCUCCCCAUCCUUUUUUUAUUCUUUUGCAUCCCUCUAUUACGGUUGGAUCUCUCUGAUAAAUUUUGGAAACAGAUGAAAGGAAGUGCUUUUACUUAACAAAAAUAGCUUUUGCCUUAUUUGUAACAGCAGGUGUAAAGUUCUUCAGCAAAUAAUUUGACCAUGCUAACUGAGAGAUUAUGGAAACGAAAGAAUGAAAUGAAAUGGGGAUUCCAGAGAGAAAAAGAUUAAAAUAAAAAAAACAGGGGAAUUAUUAUUAUUUCUUUGUAGUGAUUGGCACAAAUGUUGAAUUGUGUCAAAUUUUAAAGACAAGUUGAAAUCCAUAAAUGUUCAGGGGGAGAUAAAUUGUACAGAUAGUCCUCAACUUACAACAGUUCCAAGUAACAAUGGUACUAAAAAAAAGUGACUUAUGACCAAACACAACCGUUGCAGCAUCCCCAUAGUCACAUUGGCCAUGUGCUUGGCAACUGGUUCAUAUUUAAGGUGGUUGAAGUGUUUUGAGGUCAUGCGAUCAGCUUUUGCGAACUUCUGAUAAGCAAAGUCAAUGGGGAAGCCAGAUUCACUUAACAACCAGGUUACUAACUUAACAAUUGCAACAAUUCACUUAAUAACAGUGACAAGGAAAGUCAUACAAUGGGGCAAAGCUCACUUAACAAAUGUUUCACUUAGCAACAUAAAUUUUGGGCUCAAUUGUGGUCUUAGUUGAGAACUACCUGUACACUUUCCCCUCUUUUCCUAGUUCAGAUGCUUGUUGGGAAGGACAAAUAUGGAGAAGUCAUAAAAAAAUUCCCACUGCUCCAAAAACAAUUUUUAACAAUUUACAAAAUAAGCAGCUAAUUACAGAUUUCAUCCAUGCCCUAUUAUUGCUGUAAAUGAAGUUUUAUAAUAAAGCAAUUUUCCAUCUCUGAAUUAAAUUGCUCUUUUCAAACAUCUUGGAAUCUAGGCUUUUUUAAAUAAAAAGAAAAUAUUUGUGCCUUGUGGACAAAUAGAGGGCUGUAGCAAAAUAAAUCUCAAACAUUCACAUAACUUGACAAGCUUCACAUUCACUGUACAGAUUGGAAGCUGGAAAUUAAAUUGUCAUGGGGUAUUUAUUUACGUAGCAAUAGAGCAAAAAUUUGUAUCUGCUUUGGACCUUUCAAAUACAAAAUCUUUCAUAAGAAAAGGGGCACAAUUUAGCAGUCCAAGCGAAGACAAGCCACAAAUGUUUCAAUUUAAUAUGAAGGGAAACACAAAGGUGUAAUUUAUGUGCUAAAUGUUUUACAGGUUUGGAUUUUAUAGUGUGUUUUCAAGUGCAAAUGUGAAAAUGUUUUAUUUUUCUACUUUUCUGUAAUAUUCUGUAAUAUUGUUGAGUAAUUCAAGAUUUAUUAGUGAUAACAGUGUCAUUUGAUUUGCCUAAAGAGACAGUGUUACUUGAUAUUUAAGCUUCUCAGGUUCUGUUGUGGAAUAAAGCUUCUAGUAAUUUAAGGAAUAAAACAACACUUAACUGCAUACUUCUUGAAUAAAAAGAUUGUCCAUUUUUGUAUUAAAAGUCUGUGUUGAUUGCAUGCGGUUUUUGUUAAGGCAUGCCAAAUACCGUCUUGUAACAUUUUGGUGGCAAUAGAACUGAACUGCUUCCACAGAGUUUCUAGCAUUGUACUGAGCUACUUACAGAAUAAACAAAAUCCAAUAAAGUGAUAGAACAUUGA